UCACCAUGUCCGCGGCGACCCAAUACCGCGCGGCUCAAGUGCGCACCGCCACCUCCGGGCGCAAGACCGCGGCUCUCUCCGCGGCGCGCGCUCCCACCCGCGCUGUUCGUGCCAACGGCGCUCGCACCUCCGUCGUGACCGGCGCCACCUACACCGGCCACGCCGACCUCACCCCCCGCACCUACCCCCUGGUGGGCAACCCCGCCCCAGACUUCACCGCCGAGGCUGUGCACGACCAGGAGUUCGUCGACGUCAAGCUCUCCGACUACCGCGGCAAGUACGUCGUCCUGUUCUUCUACCCGCUGGACUUCACCUUCGUCUGCCCCACCGAGAUCACCGCCUUCUCCGACCGCUACGAGGAGUUCGCCGAGCUCAACACCGAGAUCCUCGGCUGCUCGGUGGACUCGCACUUCUCGCACCUGGCGUGGAUCCAGACUGACCGCAACGCGGGUGGUCUCGGGGACAUCGAGUACCCGCUCGUAUCCGAUCUCAAGAGGGAGAUAUCAAAGGCGUACGACGUGCUCAGCGAGGAGGGCGUCGCCCUCCGCGGGCUGUUCAUCAUCGACAAGGAGGGCAUCAUCCAGCACUCCACCGUGAACAACCUGGCGUUUGGCCGCAGCGUGGACGAGACCCUCCGCGUGCUGCAGGCGCUCCAGUACGUGCAGGAGAACCCCGACGAAGUGUGCCCCGCGGGCUGGAAGCCGGGCGAUGCGACCAUGAAGCCGGACCCCGAGGGCAGCAAGGAGUACUUUGCCACCAUCUAAGGAGGAGGCGGGACGCGCGGGAGAGGGAGGAGCGAUUCGUUUUGGAUGAUUCGGCUCGCCUUGAUUUGUUUUUCGCGUGGACUCCGCGACCCGGGGAUCGGCGUCGCGUCGAGUAGAGUCCGCGAUCAUCGUAGCUGCAGCAAGACAUAGCGUAGAUAGCGAAAGCGCCGAAAGGGUUCGACGCUGAGGACUGAAACAAGUUUGUUCGCUAACC